GCCCCCGCCCAAGAUGGCGGACCUCCACCGCCAGCUGCAGGAGUAUCUCUCCCAGGGGAAGGCGGGCGGGCCGGCGGCCGCGGAGCCGCUGCUCUCCGCAGAAGAGGCGGAAAAGCCCGCGGCCGGGGCCGGGUCGGUGGGGGCGUGGUUGGACCGCGCAGGCCUGCGCUGGACCUGGGCGCAGAGUCCUGGGGAGCCGGCAGCGGCGGGACCGCCGUGCAUCCCAAGCGUCACGCGCGCUCAACGGCUGGCGGCGAGCGGCGUGUGCCUGCUGCUGGCCGCGCUCUGCUUCGGCCUGGCCGCCCUCUACGCGCCCGUGCUGCUGCUGCGCGCCCGCAAGUUCGCGCUGCUCUGGUCGCUGGGCUCGGUGCUGGCGCUGGCAGGCGGCACGCUCCUGCGGGGCGGCGCGGCGUGCGGACGCCUGCUGCGCUGUGAGGAGGCGCCGUCGCGGCCCGCGCUGCUCUACGUAGCCGCGCUGGGCGCUACGCUGUACGCGGCGCUGUGGCUGCGCAGCACGCUGUUCACGGCGCUGGGCGCCUGCGCGCAGGUCGGCGCGCUGCUGGCGGCGCUCUUCGGCCUGCUCCCCCGGGGCGCCGGCACCGCGCUGCGCCUAGCGCUCGGGCGUCUGGGCCCCGGCGCCGCUCUCGCCAAGGCGCUACCCGUGUGAGGCCCGGGGCCCGCGCCGUCGGAGUGGACGAGGAGCCCGUCCCCGUUUCGUGCCUUCGGAGUCGACGCGGAGCCCGUCCCCAGGAGGAGCCAUCGGAGUGGACGCGGAGCUGCCCCAGGAGGGGCCGUCGGAGUGGACGUGGAGCCCGAACCCGGGGCCCAGCGCCCGCCACACCGAAGACUGUCCAGGGCAAAGCAGCUCCUUUCUGUGCCUCCGGAUCCGUAAACUGAGCGGCUGUUAUAAAAUCGAGAUACGAGCAGUCUCGGAAGCUCCUCGAUUUCAGCAUUUUGUGCUAUACUCUGUAGCAGGUGACACAAGCGAUGGACCAAGAUGCACGAUAUUCAGUAAAGUGCAUGUAAAUGCUGAAAGGUCCGUGGCAGAACUGAGCUAGAGGACUCCUGGGAGACGGGAAGAUCAUUCUACAUCCAGUUUCCAUAUUUGAUGGAAACCAUGGAUUUCUUCAAGGCCUAAUUUUUCAUUCCUAACUUUAUGAUCUGCUUUUUAACUAUAAUUUAUACUCUGUAGUCUGAUCUUAAUGCAGUGUAAUGGGCCUUUCAUAUCUAAUGGCCAAAUUUCCUUCAUUGUGGGUUUAGCACCUACUUUUGUCUGGCACCUUAUUGUAUACCUUAAUUUAUUGCCAGAAAGUAUGGGCCCAAUAUUUUGAUGAGUCUAGAAAACUACAUCUUUUGUCACUAGUCAUAUAUAGACUAGGAAGUAAAACGUAUCUAGAAUUUUAAAAUUCUAUGCUAGUGGUUGGUUCUCAAUUCACAUGAGAAUUACUUGAAGAGCCAAACCUCAGCCCAAUCAGAAUCUCUGCGAGGUGGGAGCUAGGCAUGAGAAUUUUUUUAGAGCUCUCCAGAUGAUUCCUUUCUCCUUAAGGUGGAGAACCACUGUUCUGCACGCUGGAUUGCACAAUUUGAAGAUAAUUUUUUCUGGGGCUGGGUUCCAGUGUUGCCUGAACAGGUUGUUAGGCAGCAAUAGAUGACUGCCUCUUUGUGCAACCUCAAGAUUUAUUUUCAUAGGUCCUGAUCAGUGUCCUAAGCCCUGCUCCAAGAAGUGGACACUGAAGUGACCAGCGUCCACACCGUAGACCUACCCCGCCUCCAUAUUCUCUAAGAAUGCUGCCUUACUCGUGUAACGCUGUCAGUACACAGGCUUACCUACCUCAAGAGGAGCAACCAAGGGGGUUUGUAAAAGCAAAUCCACUGUUUCAGGGACUGAUUUAUUUUUGUGACUUGGAAAAGUUAUACCUUUGGCUGCUCUUUCUACCCCCUAAUUAUUCUGUGUUCUAGUUCUAAAUUUGUCUAGACUUUGCACGGCUGAAGAUUUUACAGAUGUUCAGUCCGUUUUUACGUUGAUGCUAUUGUAUCUUUUUAAAAAUUGUUUUCCCGACAUCCUCUCAAGAAUUCACUGUUUGGAAAUCUAGCUUUUAUAAAUUCAAACCACAGUAUCUUGUAUGUAUUUUGACAGUGAUGCUUUAAAAUACAUAUAUAUAUACAUACACAAAGUAUUUAAUAAAUAUGUAAUGUUUUCAGUUUUCUCUAAAUGAA